AUGAAGUACGGGGUCGCUUUCUUCGGGACGCGAGUCGGAGGGGUAGAUGAGGCAUCAUCAAGGAGCGAUGAAAGUGCAUCUGAUCCAUAUUACCGAUGGAAUUGCAAACGCAGUGAUAUGUUGAGUGAUGGUCCUGGACUUCUGGCUGAUGUGACACGUGGAAGCAUGACAGAUGGUGACAAAGGGGGGGCCAAAGAAGAAGUAUGUACGGCAGUCGAGGAAUUGUAA